CUUUGGGCGUAUGUCGUUAACCUUCGGUAAAUUGUCAAUAAAUUUGCCACAGUUUUCGAUUACCUAUUCCCUGUAUUAUUAUAUUAUAUUUUUCUAUACUAAAAUGAUAUUAGUUUAAAAAAUUAUUUGUAUUUUAAUAGCAAAAAAAUGAUUUAUGGUACAAUAAAUUUAGAAUGUAUGAAAACUGAAAAUAGGUGUGUAGGAGUGAUAAUUAGUUUUGUAAAAAUCUAAUCUAAUCUUUAUUAUAUUUGUUAUAAUUUAUUUCAACAAGUAUCGAAAGUAAUGAGUAUAGAUUCAUACUUGCGCAAUGUCUAAUUCGAAUUGCAAUGAUGAGGAGGAGACGUAUCCGCUCCACGAGUGUGUUUUUGGUGGAGACGUACGAAAAUUGUCCUCCUUGUUACGGUCCAAUGAUGUGACGCGAAAAGACAAACAUGGGAAUACAGCUUUACAUCUAGCUGUUAUGCUAGGCCGCAAGGAAUGUAUACAAUUGUUGUUAGCUCAUGGUGCCCCAGUGAAAGUGAAAAAUCUCGCAGGUUGGUCUCCACUGGCAGAAGCAAUAAGCUAUGGAGAUCGGCAGACUAUAUCAUCUCUCGUUAGAAAAUUAAAGCAACAAGCAAGAGAGCAAAUGGAACAAAGGAGACCUGACCUUAUCAGAGCUCUGGAUCAGAUACAGGAUUUUUACAUGGAACUUAAAUGGGAUUUUCAUUCUUGGGUCCCUCUUGUAUCCAGAAUUUUGCCAUCAGAUGUUUGUAAAAUAUAUAAAUCAGGAUCAAGAAUACGGUUAGAUACUACAUUAGUUGACUUCACAGAUAUGAAAUGGGAAAGAGGAGAUUUAUCUUUCAUUUUUCAAGGUGAUAAGCCAACUAGUGAAUCACUGACAGUUCUAGAUAACAAAGCAAAAGUAUAUCAAAGAGUGCGGUAUGAAGAGACAGAAAAUGAAAUAGAAGAUGAAGUAGACAUUUUAAUGUCUAGCGAUAUUCUGGCAGCUCAGAUGUCCACUAAAGGCAUUCUCUUCUCAAGAGCACAGUCUGGUUGGAUAUUUAGAGAAGACCGCAAAGAAACUGUAGCUGGGAUUUACAAAAGUGAUGUUUACACAAUAACUGGACUUGUUUUAGAGUCAAGAAAGAGAAGAGAACAUUUGUCAACAGAUGAUUUGCAAAAAAAUAAGGCAAUUAUAGAAAGCUGGACAAGAGGAAAUACACAAAAUUUAGAUACAAACGGUGAACCUGUUAGACGAGCUUCAUUGAAUCCACCUCCAGAAAGUGGUAUAGACUGGAAUGCUUACAUAUCAUCACCCCCUGGUCAAUAUCCAAGUUUGGGAAGGGAGUUGGUCUAUAAGGAGUCCUCCCGUAACUUUCGCGCCACUCUUGCUAUGAGUGAUGAUUUCCCUUUGAGUGUCGACAUGCUACUUAAUGUUCUUGAAGUUAUAGCACCAUUUAAACAUUUUGCAAAGCUAAGACAAUUUAUUGCUAUGAAAUUACCAAAAGGGUUUCCAGUAAAAAUAGAUAUACCAAUACUGCCCACUGUUACAGCCAAGAUUACUUUUCAAAGAUUUGAAUUCCAUGACAACAAUCCACCUCAUAUGUUCAUAGUACCUGAAGAUUUUGUGGAAGAUCCAUUGCGUUUCCCUGAUUUAUGACAUUUUGAUAUUCUAGCACUGUUUGAAGUAUGUGAGUAUCCAAUUCUGUGUGGUGAAACAAAGUGUGGUCUUCGGAGACCAAGUUUUAGUGACACAUGUGGCAAGUCUGUGCAUGGACUACUUUCUAUUGAAAUACCAAUGCUUUUUGGUUUGGGUAGUUCAUACUCCAGCCAUUAUGUCCUGUAUGUUGAAUAGAAAACAAGGAAAUUUUCAACAGUGUUAGAAUGUGUAAAAAAAGCAUCUAAUAUGUUUGAUUUCCAAUACCAAAAUUUUUAGUUAACCAGUUUCCAAUUUUUCAGAAAAUAUAUUAAAACCUAAAUUAAAUAUUUGAUGCAAUUUACAAAUGUAGUUAUCAAUACUAGAGUUUAUAGCCAAUUUAAAUUGUUCUUAAUUGUAAUUUAUGUACAAACCUACAUUAUUUAUUUAUUAUAAAUAGUUUAUUAAAAGUGUUCUAGAUUUAUAAAUUAAAUUUAAUAAAUUUUUAUUUGUUACUCUUAAGAAAUGAUGUACAUAAAGGUUUUAUAAUAUGAAUAUAUGGCCUGAAUCUUAAUGAUGAAAAAAUGUUUUAGCAUAAUAAUAUACUGUAGCCGUGAUAUAAAUAAAUAGUUCCUGGCAGAAUAUAGUAGACGUGAGUUUAACAUCUUUUGUCUCUCUGCAUCAUGACAUUGUAAGGAAUAGAAUAAUUAGAUUUGGUGUUUUACAACAAAAAAUCAUAAAAAAUUGUCUCAUUAAUCAUUAAGA